GUGAGUGAGGGUGGCGGCGGCCAUCAUUGUUGUUGUUGUUGGUGGCGGGGUGAAGGAGACACUACUACUCUCAUACCUUAUAAACCUCCAGUAUUAUCCCCAGUGUGUCUUACCACCCCGUGUGUCCCUCCACCAACUGCUGUCCUCACACUCGAAACCCCCCCGGUGCUGGUAGUGUCGCCUGAGGGGCCAAGAUAAGCUGUGAAUGACGAGCUAAGCUUUUCCUGCCUCUACCUUUAAGCUUACUUUAGCCACGGGACAUAAGCUUUAUUAAGCUGCUCAUUUGGUGACUUACAAUACUAGUGCAUCCAGCAUGCCAGGCAAGAAGAAGAAAUACAAUGCCAGGUUCCCGCCAGCAAGAAUCAAGAAGAUUAUGCAGACUGAUGAGGAGGUUGGGAAGGUUGCUGCAGCUGUCCCUGUCAUCAUCUCUCGAGGCCUGGAGCUUUUUGUGGAGUCCUUGCUGACCCGAGCUGGAGAGAUCACCAUGGCACGCCAUGCCCGGACUCUCACCCCUGCUCACUUAAAGCAGUGUAUUAUGGCAGAGAGGAGAUUUGACUUCCUGCAAGAGUUAGUGGCUUCAGUGGCAGAUAUCAAUGCUGAUGGAGAAAUGGAGACUGGUCCUCCAACCCCUAGCACACCCAUAACUCCUGUUCUCUCGUUCUCCAGCCCAGGAGCUACACCUACAUCACCCACUCAGCAGUUACCCUCCCACCCAUAUUCUCCAUCUCCAGUGGAUACAAGCAGUGAAAACAUGUUGGAAGGUAAACCAUCAAGAGGUAGAGGUAGAGGGAGAGGCAGAGGUAGAGGGAGAGGAAUUGGUAGGGGUCAAGGAUCCUCACCAAACACAAGUACUCCUGGACCCGGUGUAAAACGACCCAGGGGUCGUCCCAGAAAAAUCAUACCUAUACCAGUGCCCACUGAAGAGCCUGACUCUGAUGAUGGACUCUCCCUCGAUGUUGACACAGAUGAGGAUUCACAAGAAACAGACACUGAUGAAGAAGUCAUAGCAGCAGCCGAACAUUCUGGUAACUGCAGUAGAGAUUAUAGGAAGUCACCGUCACCUGCCCAGAUACUAUCAAAACCCCCUCCAUCUCAGCCAACAAAACAAGGGUUUAGUGAGGGCUCACAAAUUGCCGGGUUGCAAAUCUCUCUGGGUACAGGGUUCAGCCGGGGCGGAACACCUGUUAAAGGUAGAGAGACUUCUCCUCAUCCUGUAUCAUCCCCCACACCAGUCCUCCCUUCCAGUGUAGCCAGUUCUAGCCCCAUCCCAGGGAUUCAGAUUACCAUCCCUGGAUUAUCUACCUGUUCUAGACUGCCUUUGGGAGGAGUGCCAUCUGCCACCCCAGUGCCGAGUGCCGUGGGCCGCACGCCUCUCACUUCAGAAGCACGACCUUUUUUUGGGGUUCCCGUUCCAGUGAUAACCUCUGUUCAUGCUCUGCAGAAUCGAUUGCCUGUCUCCAAUUCACAUACACUAUCUGCUCAAUCUCGAACGUCAUCCAAUAACCAGGUUGACGAAGACUAUGAUUCAUAGGGAUUUUUUUUUUUUCUUUUUUUUUUUUUUUUCUUUUUUUUUUUUUUGUCAAAAUUUGAAAUUUGUCUUCCUUCUGUCCGUUCUUUCCUUUUUAAUUUUUUUCAAUAAGUGUGAAACUAAUAUUUUCAGAACAAAACUAAAAUACCUCUUAAUUUUACUAGUUUGUGUAUUGAUCCUGAUAAAUUACUGCCAGACUAUAUCAGAAUUGCAUUAGAUAUGAGUAGGUUCACACUAACGAGAACGCGUACUUAGUAGAUUUGUACGAGAUGUUUCAGUAUCUGUAGAAAUUCUUUUUACCUUGUUACACUACAAAUAAUAUUGUAUUUGAAUGGAUUGAUUCUUUACAUGACUCUGAGGUAACGUUUGUACACAUACUAUACCUCCAAAUAAUUACUGAUAACUUAGGAGGAUGCUAUAUUUAACAUUGCCUGAAAUCUUUACAUUGCUGUCUUAACAGUUGCAUGUUAAUUUAGUACUUUUUUCUUGUAUAUUUUGUAUUAUUAACUUUUAUUUUUACGUUUGUACAGUAAGCACUUUUUCUACAUGUUAAAUUCUUCGUCUUAAUUUUGUUUUUCCUUGUCUUUGAAAACAAUUGCUCUUCUCCAGUACUCCUUUAUUUCUGUUAUAGUUUUCUUAGUCAUCGUACAACCUGCCAAAUCACCGACCACACCUCUCCAUCUACAACUCACAACUAACCCCUGUAUACAGGAAACUUUAGAUGACACCUUCUAACACAUUUCCUCUACAAUUUUUUUUUUUUUUUUUUUUUUUUUUAACUGUUCCAGCCAUGGUUUUUUGACUGCCAUCUCAGUCUACAACAAGUACUUGCUACGAAAUGCAUUUCUAUGCUUUUUGAUAUUUAAAUCUUGUGUCCAUUAAUUUGCUAAGGGUACAUGUCAUGUUUAUGGAUUAUUUAAAGAGACCUUGCAAAAAAUACAGUGAUUUAACUUCUCAUUUAGGCUAAACACCAGAAUAUUAAGUAAUGUGAUAUAUUACUGCAUUAAAAAAUAAGGUAAAGAAAUACUGAUAUGCUUUUGUGAUGUGUUCAUAUUCCCAAAAAGUAUUUUUUUUUUAAUUUUUAAUUAUUAUUAUUAAUCAUUUUCAUUGUCAUAGUUAUAAAUCCUACUUAAGAGUAACCUUUAAUAUUUGAGAAAGGUGUGUGGAUAUUAUUAUUAUUAUUAUAAUUGAGGGGAAGUGCUAAACCUGUAGGAUUAUACAGUGCCUGUGGGGGGGAUGUGGAAGGUAUUCAGGGAACUGGAACACAGAUCUAAUUUCCUAGAUCAAAAGCCCCUCACCAGCAUCAAGGAGCCCUCCUUGAGGAGUGUAGGUGGAUAUGUAAGUUUUUAUGGGAAUUUGUUGUGUUUACCUUCUGCCAUUGUUGACAAUCCCCAAGCAAAAUAAAUGAUAAUGAUAAUUCUGUAAGAUGCCAGUCUGUAACUGCCAGACAGACAUAGCUUGCUUCAAGACUUGACCUACGUGUCAUACCAGAUGUAGCUAAGCCAUGACUUGCAAGCCACAUGUGGCUUAUUUGCUCAGCCAAUACAAAUUGCCUCACACUAUCCAGAACUAAGCAAACCUUGGAUAUUGUUUUACAAGCUGCCUUGAUGGAGCAAAUAAACCGCAUGGUUCUCAAGCCAUGUCUUUCCCACAUUAUCCACAUAUUCUACAACAGUGGUCCUCAACCUUCCUCUUCAAGUGGGCCACAUAUAAUGGUCAAAUGUGUGAUGAGGGCCUCAUGGUUUUGUUGACACAGUGUAGUGUGGCACCUACAUACAAGUGAAUUUGUAAUUUCACAUGAGGGCCACAUCUGUUUCCUAGAAGGGCCACAGGUUGAGGACCCCUGCUCUACUGUAUUCAAAAUUCAUACCUUUGAAAGGGUAGUGUCUUGAUGCUGACAAGGAACUGAAGCUACUCUGCCAAUCCAUUUAAUAAACUAGAUUACCUCCCAUUCCUCAGGUGCUGUAUGAUCCCUACUCUUGAAUAGAACAGUAAUAAAAGCUAUUAAUGUAAACUCUUACACUAAUCGCUUAUAUUUGGGAGUAUGCUGUCUUUUGCUCUUUUUUUUUUUUUUAAUAUUCUCUGCAUCAUGGCUGAUUUUGAAAAAAAUCUUUAAUCUUUGAAAAAAUAUUCUGUUCAGUUUCUAGGAAGAAAAUGUCAUGGCUAAGUCUCUGAAAGUCAGAUUAUAAAUUUUGCUUCAGUUAUUUACAUUUUUUUUUUUUAUUUCAGGGUAAGUGAUACUGGUGAGUGUAGUAAUCAUAAAUGUAUUUCUUAAAUUGAUUUAAUUUUAGUUUAAUUUCAUGAGGUUAACUUAUAAAAUGAUUUGUUUCUAGGUUCAUUUAUUUAUGAUGUACUCUUUACAUCAACAAAUUUCUUAUAUUCCUUUUCACAUCAAGACUCAAAGAAGAACAUUUAUAGUAAAGCAGCAAAAUGAGAUUGAAAAAGAAAGUAGAUGCUGACACAACACUGGUGUUUUAAAAACAAAGUAAGUAUGCAAAUUCUUAUCAUGGAAAGGGUUGGGUGUGAAGCUAUGGCAAAUGAGUCCUAAAACUCACAGGCCAUUGUGUUAACCUCGCACAAUGACCUUUGAAUUUUAGGACUCGCUUGCCAUGGGGUCGAGCCCAACCCAUUUCAUGAUUUCUUUGCAACCAUGUUAUUAUGAUUUUGAGAGUCGUUCAUAUUCUUGAAAGUGAAUCAAAAGUUGAGGUGGGCUCAAGAGCUGGAGCUUACUCUCUGGAAGUGCUAAUAUUAGUAGGUAAUUACAUUCAUGCCACUUGCAAACUGGAAAUCACUUGAGGAAUACAAUUUGCAGAUUAAUGUUGAUGCAUCUUGCAACAUUUUUUUUUUACCCUACUUUUCCUUGAUGGUUAAAGACUCUUCAUUAAGGAAAUUUAACCUCUCCUUUCCUUCCUUGGAUAAAAUCUAAAUAUUUCUCAUUCCAUAGGUUCUGUAUGCUUCCUACAGGUUUAGCAAUUCCCUUUAAAAGCACUACUAAUGAUAAUUAUUGGUGCACUUUCAAAUUUCAGAUAUCUUACUCCUUACCUUUUAAAAAGUUUAAAAAAAAUCUUAACCCUUUCACUACCUCUUAGAUCUGUGUUAGUGAUGCCAGUGUCACUUGUGUAGGUCUAUGUUUUUAGCACAGUGCCCUCAGUCAUGCUGUGAAUGGUAAAUUUUAUCCUGGACAUGAGAGAAUGGGUCUGUGCAGUGAGUGUGCUCAAUAUACAAAAGAAAUCCUGCCCCUAUACAUUAAGUGAUGGGAAAAGCAAAUCUCUUGACCUUUUAUUUGGUUUAAAAUGGUGCAUUUGAUGUGCUGUUUAGGAUGGUUUUUAUUAUUUUAUUGGCUGUCUCUCAAUAUCAGCUGAUAUAAUGGAAGAUGCACCACUGAAAUAGAGAUCAUUUUUGUUGGUUUUAAGCCUAGAAAUAUCUUAAAAUAGGACUCAAAGAAGCAGAAAUAUUUUAUUUUUGAUAAUUUUUCUUGAGGAUGGAUAAGGCACCCCAACACAUUUCUCUAGGUCUGUUUUAUGAAUUUUUACUUGGUCUCCACAUUUAUUGGGAUGCCCUAAAUCACGAUCAAUCAUUAAUCCGAGAAAUAGCGUAAACCUUUGAUUUUUUUGUGUUAUAAUGGAUUCAAAAUGGAGGCCUGAGGAUGUGAUUAAUGAACAGAGGCUAGGUUACUUUAGUGGCAUAUAGUGUUUAUUUUGGAUUCUGUUUCAAAUUGGAAUUUACUGAAUUUUGUGUAAAAUGGACCAAAUUACUGACUUCUGUGCACUUCAUAGCAUAGUUCUGAUAGUUGAAUGAGCAGUUUCUUGUGCUCAGUUUGUAAAAUGGAAGGCAUACUAGUGAAAUACCUAAGAGUUUGGACUCUAAAUAGGCAAAAAUUUUAACCAGACUGCCAACUUUGUGGCUGUGUAAUUCUGUAAGUUUUCCAUCAAAUUUCAUAUUUUUGGUAUUGGUACCUUCAGAAAAAGAUUCUUUCCCAUUUCAUUUGUUUUUUAAAUCUCGGUUGUGUCAGCACUUUUAAUUUUUGGAUCCCAACAGUAAUGGUUAAUAAUGAUAGUAUUUUGAAAGUGAGUGUCAUAUACAGUACUGAGUUGCUGAUUAUAAUGGGCUGCUGGUUAGGGGCUCUUGUUCUAAACAGUUGUACUUCUGCUUCAAUUCCUUGAAUUAAGUCUGAAUGCUUUCCUCUCCCCCAGGCUCUAUAUGACUCUUAUGGGUUUAGCACUCCUCUAUGAAUAUAAUAAAAAUAAAUAAUGAUAGAAAUAAGACAUUGCAUAAUAGCAAAUUUACAUAAAAUGACUUCACAUAAAGCAGGGGAGACCUAUACAAUAUUAUAUAGUAUACAGUGGAGUGCCUAAGUUGUUUUUUCCCCUUGCUGUUUUUUUUUAAAUUCUAAUUCAAUGGACACUCGAACAUUCCCCUUAUCAGUACUUUAUAACAAAGGUUUACUAUAUCAUCUUUGAACAUAGGAGUGUUGUGGUUUGGUGGGUCAAUAUAAGAUCACAGUGUGUUCCCUUCUGAAAUGACUACUGUAGAGAGAGAGAGUGAUGGCACAAGAAAUCUAAAGCCAAGACAGCAGUGCCUAAGUGUGUGCAAUAAGGCAAACAUACUACUAAGAUUUAUUUCAAGAAGUAUAAGUAACAGAAGUACAAAAGUUAUUUUACAGCUCUAUACAUCACUAGUGAGGCUUCAUAUGGAUUAUGCCACUCAAUUUUGGUCUCCUUACUAGAGGAUGGAUAUAGACUCAUUAGAGAACAUACAGAGAAGAAUGACUAAAAUGAUUUACUGUAUAAGGAAUCUCCUGUAUGAAGAUAGACUUAGAGCCUUGAAUCUCCACUCACUGGAUAGACGUAGAAUGAGGGGGAGAUAUCAUCAAAGUGUACAAGUGGAUGAUGGGCAUAAACAGAGGUGAUAUUAAUAAAGUACUGAGGGUGCCGAACCAGAUAAGAACCAGAAAUAAGGGAUUUAAGUUGGAUAAAUCUAGAUUUAGAAAGGACAUAGGUAAGUACUGGUUUUUGAACAGAGUUGUGGAUGCAUGGAACAAUCUUCCGAGUAGGGCGAUCGAGGCUAGGACCUUGGGUAGCUUUAAAAAGAGAUUGGACAAAUAUAUGAGUGGGAGAGGCUGGGUUUGAUUGGUGUCGUGGGUACGGGAGUAAAUUCUUGGAUAGCUUUGGGUCAGGGUGGUUUUGAUAAGGACCUGCCUAGUAUGAGCCGGUAGGCCUUCUGCAGUGUUCCUCCAUUCUUACGUUCUUAUGUUAUCACCCUACCAUGGUGGGGAAACUGUCAGUGAGAUAAAAUGUCCAAUAAGCCCUAGUGUGUAUGUGUGUGUGUAUAAUCGGUGAGAGGUUAGAUAAAUACACGAGUGAGAGGGGUUGGAUUUGAGCGGGACUUGCACUUAAGUUAAUAGGGUUACCAAAGCUUAUUCCUUGGGUAACAUUGACAAUAGGCUAGGCAGAUAUUUUGUUAGUGGGUUUGGGUUUGAGAAGGACAUGCCUAGUAUGGGCCAGUAGGCCUGCUGCAGUGUUCCUCCUUUCUUAUGUUCUUAUGUGACAUAAGAACAUAAGAAAAGAGGAACACUGCAGUAGGGCUGUUGGCCCGUACUGGGCAGGUCCUUCACAAAUCCAAAUCACUAACCUCUUAACUUUUGUUCUAUAAAUCUGGAAAAAAACUUUUUAAUUUUGUAGUCCCGUUUAGCUUUUCUUAUUCCAUUUUUAACAUCCCUCUUAAUGUCAAUGUAUUGAUUCGUAAGAUGACCCUCACCUCUUUUGAUGUGCCUAUAAAUUCUUUUUUCUGAUCUAAAAGAUAUUUGAGCCUAUUACUCAUCCAUUUUGGGUCAUUUCUAUUCGAUCUAAUUUCUUGAUAUGGGAUAAAUGUUCUUUGGGCAGCAUGUGUGGUGUUUAGAAAGCUGUCAUGUUGAUAGCUCUCUUCGUUACCCCAGUCAACAGAUGAUAAGUGUUCUCUAAACCCAUUGUAAUCUGCUAUGUGAAAAUCUGGGACCAUUUCUGAGCUGUUCCUACUAUCAUACUUCCAUUCAAUGCUAAAAGUAAUUGAUUUGUGGUUGCUUGUGCCAAGUUCCUCUGUAAAUUCUAAAUUAUUAACGGGUUUCCUCGUUUGCCAGAACCAAGUCAAGCAGUUAGGGUUUUAUUCUAAAAAAAAUAAAUAACCUAAGAAAUGCUUGACCACAACAGCAAUGAGGAAAUUGUGUGUUGUUAGUCCUAAUGGUGUUGUUCCCAGUUUUCCUCUUUGUGUACAGUUUUAGUUCUGAAUGGUUAAAUAAUGCAAUUGUUGCAUAUUUCUCAAUGCUUGGUUGCUAUAUCCAAUCAGAAAACUUGCAAUGUUUUAGAUUUGCAAUUAAACUUUUCUAGCUCUAACAUGUACUUUGUUUUCAUGUAUGGGAAACUCUCUUAAAGUUGAUGCUAUAUGUUUUACAUCAUUUUCAAAAUAGGAAACUGUUUUAAUAAUUUACUUCCCAGUAUUAUACUGAGUCAGUGCUUUGUAGUUACUGUUGACAUGUAACAAAACUGAGAAUGUGAUGUAAAUGGUUGAGAAAACUGACAAGUUGAAGAAUGAGACAUUUGUGUAAUAUUUGGGAAUCAUUAUUGAGGAAACGUUUCGCCAUUCAGUGGCUGUUUCAGUCCAGUACAGAGAAGAACAGUGAAAGAUGAGGAGUUUGAGGUAAUCAGUCCCUCAGCCUAGAAACGAUGUGUUCAGUCCAUUAAUCUUGAGAAGAUUCUUUUUCUGUAUCAGACUGAAGAAGUCACUGGCUGGCAAAACAUUUCCUCAGUAAAGAUUCCCAGUUGUUGCACAAGUGUCUCAUUCUUCAAAACUAUGAAUCACAUGAUUGCUAGAGUUGCAGGAACUGAUGAUUUCUAAGUGUUGUUCAUGGUCUUUCGAAUGUCUGUAUGCAAUUAAUCAAAAAAUUUCCGAGUUGCCAUUUCUGUAUUAUGGCUAUGAACUCAAUAUAUGCCCUACAGAAAAAUUAAGUCUUCACACAAAAGUAAUUUUUUCACGAACUAUUAACUGUAUCCGAGUAUGUUGACAUUUUGUAACAUCUUUUUUUUUUUAUAUCUUUUUUUGGGUUGCCCAACGUCAGUGAGAGAUGGCCAGUUUGUUGGAAAAAAAAUGUUUUUGUUCUCUUAUUAAGAACAUUUGCAAUAAUCUUGUUUCCAAAUGUGGUUUUGGUCAAUGAGAAUUUCAGUGAGAUGAGGUACUUCAAUUAAAUUUAAGAAUAGUUAAAGUAAAGAUUAAAGUAGGAUGGAGCAGUGGAAAGGAUUGAGGGUAUAUAAAAAGAAAUAGGUUAGAAAGAAUAAUUGGGCCAAGAAUUUUGUUGUUUUUUCAGUGUUUUUUGUUUCAUAGUGAUGAGAUGUUGAUGUAUGAUUUACACUUUGAAAGCUGCUCAUGUUGUUUGGAAGAAUAUUUAUAGGGUUGAUAAAUGAGACACUUUUGCAACAAUUGGGUAUCUUUAUUCUGGAAACAUUUUGCCACACAGUAGCUUCUUCAGUCCAGUGCAUAAAAGGGUAGAAUAAGAUGAGGAGUUUGAAGUAAUCAGUCCCUCAGCCUUGAGUCGAUGUGUUCAGUCCUUCGGUCUUUGACAAAAGUGCAGCAUAUUCACAGAGAUGCGGCUUGUAUACUGAUGAGAGAUGAGGUGGAGCAGUGGUAGGCGGAGUCACCGGCGAGCAAAGGUACUAGUGGAAGUAGGUCGUGUCUGUAGAUUAGACAAGUUACAAAAGUGUCUCAUUUAUCAAUGUGUUGGUUUUGUAUACCAUUUAUUCACAAGAAUGAAAUACAUGUACAAUUAUAGGGUUGUCUUGGCUUUGCUUUAUGUCAUGACUUCUCAUGAUAAUUUUGGUUUCUUCUCAAUUUCUGUGUGUUUUAAUAUUUCUUAUAAUUAUUAUUUAGGAAAUUUGAGUCUUCACAUUCAUAAAGAUGUUUUUCUGUCUGUUUUUACUAUCUGUGCUUCUUGUUCCUUGUGGAAUGAGAUGGAAAAAGUUCACGCAACUCUAUUAUUUGUACAUAUUCUUACCUACAAGUAGUUAUAUGUAUAGAUAUUCUUUCCUGCUCUUAAUUUCUCUGCAAUCUUGCACAGUUUGAGAUAAUUUUGUUUUAAACGCAUAAGCCUAAAGAAGAAAACACAUUCAGCAUUACUCGUUCUUUAGCUGUUUCUCUGAGUAUGGAGGCAUCACAAUGCAGAUGACUCAGAACUGCAGUGUCCCCCACCCAUCUUUUAGAGUGCUAGUAUUGUAUUUCUAACUUCCAGAACUUAAACCUUGAUAGACAUUUUAAUGAGAGAAAUUUUGUUAUCAAAAUCCAUUUUCCCAAGGAUUCCCUUUAAUAGGAGAUGCAUUCCUAUGGAAAUAAUCUAGUAUGGUUUCUUAUUAAAUCCACCUUAUUAUAAAAGGAGGUUAUUUGCAGAAUAUACAAUGUCAGGAGUCAAAAUCUUCCCCUGGACUCUUUCCUGUGAACUGUAUAGAGACAAGCAAUAUGUUAGGUGUUCACUCUUCACAUUAUGGAUAUGUUUCAUGUGCAUGUAUAGCCUUUGUACAAGGUAUGAACAUGGUCAAAUGCAAUACAGUAUCAUAUCUAAUCUAGUUUUGAUCCAAGGAUAGGAACCCACGAUUGUUUUAACCUCUUGUGAAUCGUCAUGGGGUCCUGACUGUAGUGCAGUUUUAUGUACAGUAUAUUGAAUACCUGCAGUGUGUAGCCAAAUUCUUUAAUUAUUUACUAUAAAAUAAUGAGUGCCUUUAGUCACAAAAAACAAGCCCGGUGCAGUAGUAACAGUCAGCCACCUUGCCAGUGAUGCCAUCAUACUGGCUGCAAGUUACACAACACACUGGCCAUUUCUCACCAAGGAAGGGUGGCCUAAGAAAGAAAAACCACUUUCACCAUCACUCACUCCAUCACUGUCUUGCCAGAUACUACGGUUCAAAACUGUAAAUAUCCCCACCCCUCCUUCAGAGUGCAGGCACUGUACUUCCCAUCUCCAGGACUCAUGUCUGGCUAACCGGUUUUCCUCAGUCCCUUCGUAAAUGUUACUUUGCUAACUAUAUAUACAAAUUAUAGAUCCAUGAACCCAGCUCAUGAGUAACAAGCACAAGGAGAAACAAAAUAUAACUGGCUAUUUGGAUGAAGCAAUUGGAAUGAAAACGUUGGAUGAUGUUUGAUUGCUGAAGCGCAAAAGAUUGUAAAGAUAGCAUUUUGAAGACAAAUUAUAUACUAUAGUAAAAAAUUUCAAAAGUAUCACAUAGGUAAAGGCAGACAAUCAUGAAGAAAGGUCAUUGAACACACUGCCUCUAGUGUCAUUUUGGGCAGAUUCUGCCAUUGGAUCAAAUUUUUUUUAACUCCAAUUUCCCAGGUGCUGUAUGGACCCUCUUGGUUUAAUAUUUUUUAAUGAUGAUGAUAAUCUUAGAGCAUACUUACAAAGAAUGAAAUGUCACAAUACCAUGACUGGAACAAUGCACAAAUAACCCGCACAUAGGAGAAAGAAACUUAUGACGACAUUUAGGUCCAAUUUGGAUCAUUAACUAGCCACAUUAGUUGAUGGACCAAUUCAGACCAAAACAUCAUCACCUAAGUGUGGUUUAUUUAUAUAACAUGACUCAUAGUUCUGAGAACAAGAGAGUGAUUAUGCAUAACACAUUUUCUAAAUUAGGUUACGCUAUACAUUUCUCUGAUAAAAUUAAAAUUUUUGGGCAGAUAAAAAGAAUUGAAACUACAUAUAAAUCUAAUAAUGCUUUCACUUAGGUAAACUUAAAAUCUGCAAGCAAGAUUCUCUCCCAUAAUGAUGUGAACAUUGCCUUUUUGAGUUUUAAUACCAAUAAGUCGUGUAUGAAAAGGUUUUCAGAAGAUGCCUGGGUGAAUGCUGGCAUGUAUAAGAUUCCGUGCACCAGUUGUGAUAAAUAUUACGUUGGGAAAACAAAUGGUUUUAAGUGUAGAGCAUGUCAACUGCACUGCUGGUACACCUGCACUGCUUCUCUUUAUGUACCUGACUUGUAUGGAUAUAAUAUAGACUUCAUUCCUAUAUGUAUUCUUCUUUACAUUUAGUUUCGGGAGUCUAGACAGUGAUAGAGUUAAAACUGACAGAAGUUACAUACUUCAUCAGCACUGGUGUUAUCUGUACAGACAGGUAAGAAGGAAGGCUGACAAGAAAAUCAAAUUUUUGGCUGUCAAGAUGUAUAAAAUACAGCCAUGAAUGUAUUGCAUUACCUCCAUGUGAGUUUGUGCCAUAGACCCAUUUUUAUUAAGCUAGUUUGUGAAUACACAGUGUUGUAUAAAAAAAGAUGUAUUUUCACUAGAUAACUGUAGGUUUUUAUACUUGAUUUUUGCAUUUUCCCCUAAAUUUGUUCUGUUCGUAAAUUUUGAAGUAUUUAUUUUACAUAUGAUGUAAAUGUUUUAGAGAACCGACACAUUUUCAGAAAAACGAAAUGUUUCACCAGCCAAUGGCUUCUUCAGUCGGGUACGGAGAUGAAUGGUGGAAGAUGAGGAGGAGUGUGAGGUAAUCAGUUCCUCAACCUUGAGUUGAUGUGUUCAGUCCAUCAGUAUCGCAUACCUGACUGAGGAAGGCACUUGGAGAAAUGUUUCCACAGUAAAGAUUCCCAAAUGUUGCAUAAGUGUCUAAUUCUAGCACCAGACGAGUCUGGCCCAUGGCCGGGCCCCAGGAGUAGAAAGACUCAAAACUCAUCAAAGGUAAAGGUUCUUCAAUUUCUUUACACUUUAUUUUACAGGCUAAAAGCUGUUAUCCUACCUCAGCUUUCAGUAUUUCAUUGUCCAUAAAUCUUGAGUUUACAACCAUUGCACAGGAUGCCACUCACAGCAGUUGGCUGACACUCAGGUACCUAUUUACUGCCAGGUGAACAGGGAAAACAGGUGUUAGGAAUCACGCUCAGUGUUUCCACCCGCCCCUAGGGUAGAAAGUGAGGGUCUUUCGAUUAUAUAGGUUUCUGUCACUUUUUGCAGUGCAAGUGUUCAGGCCCAUGACAGCUGUACUAAGUUCAGUCAGUCCAUCAACUGUUGAUGCUGCAUAAUAAACAAUUUCAAUAUGUUUAGUGAUAUUAAAGAUUACUUUUGCAUUGAAACCUAUAUUACAUUUCAUCCCUGACUAGAUUUUAUCAUCCUCAAUAAAUUAACGAAUUAGACACGUGUGCAACACUUAGGUAUUGUUGUUGUGGAAACCUUUCAAAAUCCAGUGGCUUCCUCAGUCCAGUACAGAGAAGAGUGGUUAAAGAUCAGAAGGAGUUUGAGGUAAUCAGGCCCUCAGCUUGGAGUUGAUGUGAUCAGAUCAACAUCAGGCUGAGGGACAGAUUACCUCAAACUACUUCUGAUCUUCAACUAUUCUUCUCUAUAUUGGACUGAGGAACCCGUUAGAUGGUGAAAUGUUUCCACAAUAAAGAUACCUAAGUGUUGCAGAAUUGUCUAAUUCAUCCUGUCAACUCUCUUUACCAGUUAUCUAUAUCCUUGAUAAUAAACUUCAGUCAUUUACAAAACUUAGUAAUAAUAGCUUCAAAUGUCUUCUCACUAUGCUUAUACCUUCAUUCCUACAUAUUUAGUUAACUCAGCUGAUCGCAAACAAUGUUUUUUUAUAUCAAACAUACAGGAUUACCAAUAAAAAUAGGAUGUGGCAUAAUUCAAAUUCAGAUUUUUAUUUCUCUUUAUGCUGUACAAGGAUAAUGUAAUUUACAUGUUCAGGUGCUUCUCAGCUUACAAUGGGGUUACAUUUCAACGAACCCAUCAUAAGUCGAAAAUGUAAGUCAAAAAUAAAUGAUAUGCUAAAUAAAUAACUACUGUCACAGAAUAAGUAAAUAAGCAGAUAAUCGCUGUAACUAAAUACCAGUGUUGAAAAGUAAAAAAAAAAUGUGUAUGAGCUAUGGACUUGCUGCCUUCGUGCUGGGUAAUUUGAAUCCUUUUUCCAAUUCCUAAGUCUUCCUCUCCCUGAGGUCUUCCUUCCUUCUGAGGUCUUUCCAUGUUCUCUUUAUCUUCCCCAGGUCCUCUUUUUUCCUCGGUUCCUCCUGACCUCUUCCCUCGCCUCCCUAUACCCUUUCAUAUAUCACCCUGGCAGAUAAUCUUAAGAUUCAUCUCUAAAAUAAUUGCUUUUGCACCAUUGUAAGUCGAGGAGCACUGUAAUACAACAUUGUUCAGCACAAAAGAGAGCCACUAGUAAGCUCUCUUAGUAAUCUAUUCUGUAUAGUGUGAUAGUUUGUAGAUUCACUUGAAAAUGUGCACUUAACCCUUUCAGGGUUGAUGUCGUACUAGUAUGGCUUGAAAGCCAGGGUUGGUGCCGUAUUUGAACGCAUAAAUUCUAGCGCCUUCAAAUCUAGCGAGAGAAAGCUGGUAGGCCUACAUGUGAAAGAAUGGGUCUUCAUGGUCAGUGUGUGCAGUAUAAAAAAUAUCCUGCAGCAUACAGUGCAUAAUGAAAAAAAAAAAACUCUGACCGUGUUUUUGGACUUUGCAGUCUAUUUUUGUAUGGUAUUUAUGGUUGUAUUCUUGUUUUCUUGGUCUCAUGUGAUAGAAUGGAAGAUAUAUUGGUUAGUUUCAUGAUAACAAGUACCUUGAAAUUGAGUGCAAAUUAGCGAAAAUGUUCGGUUUUUGCCGAUGUUCAUCAGUAAACAAAUCAUGCUAUGCAUCUAAUACACAUCAACUGGUGAGUCUAAUAUUCUUGCACAAGUGUGCUGAUAUUAUUUAUAUUGUUUUUACAAUGGUGCAGUAGUAUAGUAAAUCUUCUAUUUUUUGUGAGAAUAAAAAUUCAAAAUGGAAAGCUAAUGUAAGAAGGGCCUGGAGAUGUGACUAAUGAACAGAUAAAAUGUUAUUUUAGUGGCAGGAAUGUCUGUCUUGUUUAUUCUGAACUUUAUUUUGAAAUUUAUGUGAAAUUGGCCAAAUUGCCAAUUUCUGACCACUUUAUUAGGCAGUUGAAAUAGGUAAAUGGGCAAUUUCUUGUAUUCUAUCGAUAGAACAAAUGGAGCUCUAGCGAAAUAGCUAUGAUUUUAGUAGACUGGAACAUUGGAAUUGGCCGAAAAUAGGGCUCAAAGUGGGCAAAAUCACCAAUGCGUAAAUAUCAUCAACACCGCUAAAUUCACGAGAGCAUAAUUCCCUAAGGUUUCCAUCAAGUUUCAUACUUUUGGUGUCAUUAUGAUAUGAAAUAGAUUCUCUAUCAAUUCAUAAGAAAAAAUAAUUUUUUUUCCAAAAAUUUUUCAACCCUGAAAGGGUUAAAAUUGAAUAGCAUGUACAGUGCUAUGAAGGAGUUUUUACAUAGUAUUUUCAGUUUUGAAUGCAAAUUUUUAAUCACUUUAACAAAAAAAUUGCACUGUAUAGGUAAGCUUUACAAGAAAGCCUACUGUAAUUCGCUAUGAUGUUAGGUCUCAUUGCUACUGGAGCUUUAUAAGAAAGCUUACUUUAGCAUAAAGUGGACCAGCAUAGAAUGAGGGGGAAGUCACCUGUAUACUUCAGUGUGUUCCUCUCAGAAGAAAGGUUAAGCAGUAAGUACAUUGUAGAUCCUAACUAGGCUAUCGCUACUUAGAAAAAGAUAUCUUGUUGGUGGAAGAGAUUUAAUAUAUAGGCAGGAUUGAGGAUGGGAGGAAGAAGGCUUUCUUUCUGGUGCUAGAGCCUUGAUCUAGAAAGGGAUAGUUAUGGAAAAUUAAACUCCUUUACUGGUAUAUAUAAGCUUUGAUCUAGGAUACGAGUUCAAAAGAAAAAACUCCCUUACUGGUGCAAGGACUUUUAUAUGUCAUGGAGGGUUGCAGAAUAGAAAAAACUCCUUUGUAAGGACUUUUAUAUAUAUCAUGGAGGGCUGCAUAAUAGGAAAAACUCCUUUGUAAGGACUUUUAUCUAGCACAGAAAAAAUCUCCCUUACUGGUGCAAGGGUUUUUAUAUAUUAGGGUAGGGGGCUUCAGAGCAAAAAAGAAACCUUGCUGGUUUAAAUUGUUGACCCAGCAUUCAGAUGAGAGAGGUGUUCAGGGAUAAAUAAAAGCUUCAUCAAUAGAAUUAUGUGGUACCAAAUAAGUAUUCUUUAUUAAUUUCAUUUAUUUUUGUAGAGUACAGUAUACAGUUGACAUUGGAGUAAUUGACAUGUAUAAAUUUAAGGGAAUUAAGAAACCCUCUUGUUAUUCAUAGCAUUUUAAAAUUCACUUCUUAUUACUAGACAAUGAGACAAUGCUAAAGUGUGUCAUAUAUGAUGUUUAAAUGCUGUAAAAAUUUGGUCUCCAUGAGAAAGUGGAGAAGAAUCCUUCCUCCGUAAGUUAUGCGUGUCGUGAGAGGCGACUAAAAUGCCGAGAUCAAAGAGCUCGUAACCCCUUCUCCUGUAUAAAUUACUAAAUGUAAAAAGAAGGAAAACUUUAUGAAAGUUUCUUCUUUUUUGGGUCACCUGCCUUGGUGGGAGACUGCCGGUGUAUUAAAAAAAAUUGGUGUAUGAUUUAUGAUAUUUUGAGAUUACAGUGGUACCUUGAAUUUCAGCCUUAAUUCGUUCCAGAAGGCUGUUCGAGUGCCGUUACCGAACGAAUUUGUUCCCAUAAGGAAUAAUGUAAAUUUGAUUAGUCUGUUUCAGACCCCCAAAAAUACACUUACAUAACUGUUCGAGUUGGGAGCUGUUCAAAAUUCGAGGUACCACUGUAAUUCAUGUGUUGAAACAAUGGUGAUAGUGUGAUCAUCAGUAUGAAUGCUGAUGAUGACACUAUCACUAUUCUACUGAUACAUCAGGUUUAAACAUAAAUUGUAUAUGAAUGAUGUGCAGUACCAACAAGAUAAAUAAUUAGACACAUGCAGUAUCUGGGUAUCUUUAUUUGUAGAUGUUUUGCCAUUCAGUAACUAUCACUACAAUACAAGGACAUAAUGUGAAGACAAUAGACCUAGUUCUACUGUCUUCACAUUAAAUUUGAACUUGAUGCUUCACUAAGGGUAAAUCCACGUCACCUGGGGAGGAUGGUAGUUCUUACAACGUACUCAUAUUGCUCUGUCGAAUACCAGGAAAUCCUAUACUUGAAUUAUACAACAUGAGCUAUGUAAGUGGAGAGUUCCCCAUGCCCUUGUAUUGAUGAAGCCACUGGAUGGCAAAAUGUCUACAAAUAGAUACCCAGAUGUUGCACGUGUCUAAUUUUUCAACAUCAAUUGUCUAAGCAAGGUCUAAGUCAGAUUUAGGUUUUUUGAUAUAUAGUAUUUUUGAAGCUGGUGACUGAAGGGAAUCUUUCUUCAUCUUAUGGAAGAAAGUUCCAAAUUUUAGGUCCUUUUAUUGGCAUGGAGUGUCUGUAUAGAUUGAGUCACAGUUGCGGUUUAUCAUAUACUUAAUUUUUUUUAUUGUGUCUGUGUUGUGUUACAGCUCUGAUUUUUAUAAUUUAAAAAAAAAGUCAAGAAACUACAGGCUACACAAUAUAUAAAGUGCCUUUUUUAAAGUCCACAUGAUGGGCUUUUGGUGCACAAGAUAAGUCUUUUAUUUAAUCUGUGUCAAAAGUAAUUGUGAUCAAUGUAAAUUUCAGUAUUCCUUCAGUAAUUAAAAUAUUUGUGAUAUUGUAAAUUGAAAAUAAAUUUGUAUAUAUUGCACCUCCAAAAAGCAUGGCACAAAAAUUUUACUGAUGUAUAUAUACGUAUGUAAUUUAACCAGUCACUUUAAAUAUGAUCAGUAAUUUGCAUUUAUUACUACUAAAUAUAAUUUUGGAGAAAUUCAUGAUGGUGAUGGACUGCAUUGAAUGUCUCCACAGUUUUUCUUAUUAUUAUUAUUAUUAUUAUUAUUAUUAUUAUUAUUAUUAUUAUUAUUAUUAUAUUAUUAUUAUUAUUUAUUAAUGCCUUAUUCACCACUUUAAAUUAUUUUCAUGGUAGUGAAUAUUUUAAGGGUUUGUUUUUGUUACUGACAAUGUAACUGUGGUGUAACCUUAUUUAGUUGUGUGACAUUAGUUAUGACAUAUUGUGUUCAUGUUAUGACGUUUGUUCGUGUUAUGACGUGUUCGUGUUAUGACGUGUUCAUGUAUAACAUGUUGUCUUUAUGUUAUGAUGUGUUUGUGUUAUGUGUUCAUGUUAUGGUAUGUUGUAUUCAUGUUAUGACAUGUGUUCAUGUUAUGACAUGUUGUGUUCGUGUUAUAAUGUGUUCAUGUUAUAACAUGUUGUGUUUGUUAUGACAUGUUGUGUUCAACUUGUAUUAAGUACAAAUUAACCUGUCUUGUGUUUAAUGUAGCAACCAACUUAACUGUCAUAGAUCCUAACUCUUCUCUUUUAUUAUGUAUUGUACGUGACCUUACAUAUUUAGGACUUUCUUGUAUGUGACCUUAUUUAGGACUUUAUUGUAUGUGACUUUAUUUAGGGCUUUAUUGUAUGUGACCUUAUUUAGGACUUUGUUGUAUGUGACCUUAUUUAGUGCUUUAUUGUACAUGACCUUAUUUAGGACUUUAUUGUACAUGACCUUAUUUAGGGCUUUUGUGUAUGUGACCUUAUUUAGGGCUUUAUUGUACAUGACCUUAUUUAGGGCUAAUGCAAUGUAAAUGAUGAGUACACUUGACCUUAGGUGAUUCCCGGAAUUACUGAAUUAUGUAGUAAUAUUUUAAUACCAUGCAAAUACACAAAUCUUUUGAAUA